CUUGUGAUCAGCAUCAGGCUACCAAAUGUAAAUACUGCAACCAUUUCGACUCGGGGAGUCACGUAAAAGACAUAAGACAUGACAAUGAAGUAGCGCAAUUGAAAAAUGAUGGGUACGAACAACAUCAAAGAUCAGGUUGCUAUUUACUUACAUAGAUCGUCACUCAGUCUCCAACAUGUUUACAC